CGCUGCGGACCAAAGGGAGCGCUGCUCUUGGGUGGCGCAGGAAGCGCAGGGGACGCGGUGAGGGAGGACUCCGUUGCUGCGCUCGCUGCACCGAGUGAGUGACCCGCGACCGUGAGAGCCCCCCCCACCACCACCACCACCCCAUACGCGGAGGCAGUAAUGAGUGGACAAACUCUGGUGAUUCCCAUUGUGCUCUGGGGCAGACAGGCACCGACACACUGCAUCUCUACCCUUCUACUUACUGAAGACCACAAGACAUUGGUCACAGGUUGCUAUGAUGGUCAGGUCUGCCUCUGGGAUGUUACCCCAGACCUACAGAUCAUUCCACGCGCCCUGCUGUUUGGUCAUGCUUCAGCCAUCACUUGUCUAAGCAGGGCUAGUGAUGGGCCUGAAGAAGUAUACAUCGUCAGUGCAUCUGAAAACGGAGAAAUGUGUCUAAGUGAUGUAAGUGAUGGACGUUGCCUUGAGUUCACAAAGCUUGCCUGCUCUCACAUAGCAAUCCACUAUUAUCAGAGCACAAGCAGACACACACAAACAGGCAGAUUGUUGUGUUAUGGCCACUACCCAGAAAUCCUGGUCAUGGAUGCCGGUAGUCUGAACAUACUCUUCACCCUCGUUUCCAAGAUUUCUCCAGACUGGAUCAGUGCUAUGACAAUGGCUUUUUCUUCACAAGCACAAGAGGACAAAGUGAUCGCUGUGUCUGUUUCGGGAAAUCUUAAAGUCUGGAAUCUGAAACACAUUUCUAAUAAGUUACAGAUAGGAGAGAUAUUGCACGAGGAAGAAUCAAAGCCAAUUCACUGCACAGACUGCCAAGACAUCUGUUUCUGCUCCUUCACAUGCCGAUCUUUGUUGCUGGUCUCCACAUCAUGUUGGAUGGUGUUUGACGCAGGUGACUUCUCAGUCCUUUGCUCGGUGUGCUCCGAAAAAGGAGAGCGGUGGUCAGGAGGAAAGUUUUUAACUGCAGAUAGUGUCAUCAUCUGGACGGAGGAAGGAGCAGCAUCUGUGUACCGCCUGCCACCCAGUUGCCUUCCGGAGAGUAAACACUUCCGCAGUGACGUUGGGAAGGUCAUCGACAGUUCACCUCCCAAGCGGCUUUAUCGGAUAACCUGCCCUCCGGAUGAACAGCCAUUAAUCUGCCUGCCAGUCAUGAAGUAUUUCCAUGGGAAGUCGUCGUCGUCAUCGUCGUCGCAGCUACUUGUGCAGGGGGACUCUAUGGGCCAGUUGACAGUUUGGCGCAUACCGGCAGAACAAGCACAACAUCAAAGUGAUGUGGACAUGACCAGACGGGUGAGUUUGAAGUCUCACUUUGAGGUGGCAGUGCCUCGUCCAGCAGGUGUCAUAGAUCAGUUGAGUGUGGUUCCAGGAUGCAGCAAACCUCUGCUGGUUAUGUCCAGCAUUUAUAUCCCUGCCAGUGGACAGCUCGUGUGUGGCCGUGAAGAUGGAAGCAUUAUCAUUGUACCUGCAACACAGACUGCGGCAGUGCAGCUGCUGCACGGCGAACAUGCAUCACGCAGAGGCUGGCCACCCCACCGUACACUACGUGGGCACGAGGGCAAAGUGAGCAGCCUGCUCUACCCAUAUCAGCUGUCCCCUCGCUACGACCAACGUUGGCUGCUCUCUGGGGGCGUGGACUUCUCUGUGAUCCUUUGGGAUAUCGUCUCUGGAGAAAUGUUGCACACCUUCUGCAUCCACGGUGGCGAGAUCCUACAGCUGCUCGUUCCUCCAGAAGGAUGCACUCCACGUGUGCAGCACUGCGUGUGUUCGGUGGCAAGCGACCACUCGGUGGCCUUGCUGAGUCUCAAGGAAAGACGCUGCAUCAUGCUGGCGUCACGCCACCUCUUCCCUGUGCAAACCGUCAAGUGGCGCCCGCUUGAUGACUACCUGGUGGUCGGCUGCUCAGAUGGGUCCGUCUACGUGUGGCAAAUGGAGAACGGAGCAUUGGAUCGGUGUGUAAUGGGCAUCAGUGCAGUGCAGAUAUUACAAGGCUGUGAUGAAGCUGUUCCUGCAGCCUUGGAGAGUGCGAGCCACCCAGCAGUAAACCUGAAGCAGGCCAUGGCUCGGCGCAGCUUGGCCGCCCUCAAGCACGCAGCCCACCACAAGCUUCACAGCCUGGCCACCAACCUGCUUGCGUCUGAUGUCAAUGACAAGGAUGCGCUCCCUAAACACUCCAACACGGCGCUGCUAGUUCAGGCCCUUCGCAUGAGUUUGGGAGAUCCGGACAUCCACGUGCUAUUUUUUGACGUGGAAGCUUUGGUUGUACAGUUGCUGACAGAAGAGGCAUCACGCCCAGUCCCUGCGCUGGUUUCUCCAGACACGCUACGUAGGCCGUCCAGUUUCUUGGACCGUGGAGGUUUGGCAACAUCCUCUUUUCUUGCCGGGAAGAAGGCCGGUGACAUAUUUCAGCAAGUCAAAGACACUAUCAAGGAAAAUAUCAAAGAGCAUCUGUUGGAUGAUGAUGACGAUGAGGACGAGCAAGAUCAAAGUCAUGAUGGACAUAUGGAACGCCGGUCUCACCACUCCAAGCCUCUCACUCUACAAGGCUCAAAUCUGACCAUGGAGACAGCGAAGCUGUUUAUGUCCUGUCUGCACACUUGGGGACUCGAUCAAGCACUUGAUGAGAUCUGUCUCUCCAGGCUUGGCUUGCUUAAACCUCACUGCCCUGUCUCAUUUGGACUGGUUUCACGUGGGGGUCACAUGUCUCUCAUGCUACCUGGCUGGAGGCGUCACCAUGCUCCAAAUAUUGAGCAGGAGAAGACUUUGAAUAGCACCCUUGGUGUUUCAAAAGCUGUAACCACACAGCAUCUGCUGUCCAUCAUCUCACUGUCCAACACCCUCAUGAGCAUGACCAAUGCCACAUUCAAAGACAGCACCAGCAAGAAGCCGCUACACAAGCCUCACAGACAGGGAAGCCAUGAUGGGGUGAAGACCAAGGAUGACAGUCCUGCAAUCAACCCAGUCAUCCAAGGACAAAUUAAACAAGCUGAUCUUUCUGAGGCUUCAAACUAUGGCUUGGCAGUGCAUAGCACCGUGCCAGUCAAAGAAGGGUGGAGUCAACUGGCUGCCCUGCACUGUGUAAUGUUGCCAGAACUACUGGGGCCUGGGAGUUUCAGGCCACCACUGCUUGAAAUGCUGGUGAAUAGGUGGCAAGAUCGCUGUUUGGAGGUUCGAGAGGCGGCCCAGGCACUUUUAUUGGCAGAGCUUCGUCGUAUUGGUCAUGAAGGGAGGAAGGAGGCAAUUGAUACAUGGGCCCCGCACCUUCCGCAGUAUGCCGAGAACGUUCACUCGCCAGGACAAACGGGAGAAGUUGCCCCAAGUGCACUGAAUAGCCCCGAGCCUCUGGGAAUGGAUCUCAAGGGGAUUGAGGAAGAACCCGACCUCGGUGAUGAAGAAAUAUCUGCAGGUUUUCCUUCAAAUGCAAGUUCUCAAUUGCGAAAAGCACCAGCAUCAUAUGAGGAGCGGAGAAAGCAGGCAACUGCAAUUGUAUUGCUGGGUGUGAUUGGAGCAGAAUUUGGAGCUGAAAUUGAGCCUGCUAAGCUUCAACCAGGCAAAGAUUCACGGCCAAGGUCCAGCAGCCAAGUUCCUGAAGGCUUUGGGCCUACCACGUCAGGAACAAACAACUCCCUCGCUCGUCAUACAUGUAAGGCGUUGACUCAUCUACUAAAACCAGCGAACAUGAAGCUGUCUGCACACACGCCUAUCAGACGUGCAGCUAUCGACCUGAUCGGCCGUGGCUUUACUGUGUGGGAGCCAUACAUGGAUGUGUCAGCUGUUCUUCUCGGUCUGCUGGAGCUUAGUGCAGAUAGUGAAAAGCAUCUUGGCAACGCAAUGAGUGGAUUUCCACUGACAGCAGCUGCAGACACUUGCAGAUCAGCACGGCAUGCCCUGUCCCUCAUAGCCACAGCACGGCCUCCAGCUUUUAUCACCACCAUUGCCAGGGAGGUGCACAAACAUACAGCAUUAGCAGCCAACUCGCAAGCCCAGCCACCCGUCCACAGUGGCCUAUCUCGAGCAAAAAGCGAGAUUCUAAGAGUCAUGGAGAUCCUCGUAGAGAAGAUGCCAAAUGAUGUGGCUGAUCUUCUGGUGGAGGUCAUGGACAUCAUAAUGUAUUGUUUGGAUGCUUCUACAUUAAAGAAGAAGGGCUUGCAGGAGUGUUUUCCAUCUAUUUGCAAGUUCAACAUGGUCAGCUACUGCAGCACCAGCUACCGCAUGGUUGUCGGUGCACGACACGGCUCUGUGGCACUCUACGAUAUCCGCACGGGAAAGUGCCAGAUGAUUCAGGGUCACAAAGGACCAAUCACUGCGCUGGCGUUUGCUCCAGAUGGCCGUUACUUGGCAACUUACUCCAGCACCGACAAUCGACUGGCCUUUUGGCAGAUGAACACCUCUCUUCUCGGAAGCUUGGGCAUGCUAAACUCGGCACCACAGCUGCGAUGUAUCAAAGCGAUGGAGGUUCCACCCUUGCAGCCAAUUUCCCCAGGACCAAUGAGUGCACUGAAGCUGGCUCGCCUCAUAUGGACCACCAACCGAAACCUCAUACUCAUGGCCCACGAUGGCAAAGAGCACCGCUUCCAAGUGUAACCUUCACUCUCCUAACAUGACUUAACAAUCUUGUGUCAGGACUGCAGUUUAUAUAGUUUAGUAGGGGUGUUGUACCCUAUGCACUGAUUCAUGUACAAUCUCAAAGCAUUACAACUUUUGUUGAGAAUGCUGCCACAACCAUUUUUGUACAUUCCAAAAUGCAGUGGCUUGUGUUAUUGUCAGAUUUUCCCCUUUUACAGUAAGACGAGCUCUGCUUUGUUAAGGCUGAUUAUGACAUUUACACAAAUGUUAAGGACAACACACACUCAAGUGUAGCUGUAGCCACAAGAUCAGUGUGUUUGAGAAGUGUUUUUUGCACAAUGUUUCAUGGAAAAAAGACUAAUUUCUCUAAAUAAGUUGGUUCUUUUUGCUUAAGAUUGGGUUAAAAAAAUGCCUUAUCUCCACAACAGAAAUUAGAGUCUGUUAAAUUUCUAGAACAUUAUUAAAAAUCCUAAUAUGCUGGUCGUCUUUGGCAGUGUCCCAUUUGUCUUUAUUUUUGGUGGUAAAGCAGUGCAAGCACUGUGAUGACAAUAUAUCUAAUGGCCCUCUCAAAUAACUAAUUAGCGUAAAAUUAUCUUUUCAGAAUAGUUUUUUUAAAUAAUUUUAAAUGACUUGUAAUUUCGUCAUUUAGUGAUACGAAUAAUAUCAGAUUCAAAAUGUUUCAUUCAAAGGUAUUGUUAACUAAUUGUGAAUGUGCUAAGCUUUGUCAGUUGGCACACAAGUUGAUCAUUGCUGUCCAAAUAUACAGUGAGGGACAAAAGUAUUUGAUCCCCUGCUGAUUUUGUACGUUUGCCCACUGACAAAGAAAUGAUCAGUCUAUAAUUUUAAUGGUAGGUUUAUUUGAACAGUGAGAGACAGAAU